AAAAAAAAAGACUUCACGAUUACAUAUGGCCCUUGCUCCUCUCAAAAAUUAAAAAAACUUGCUUUUAUUAUUUCGAAGGAAAGACCUGUAAUGAUACGCUUCCUCUAAUGAAUGCCGCUAGCUCUAUCUCAAACUCAUCUCCCUUAAAUAAAACCACAGAUAAUAGUUCUAGAAAAAACAUAAACCACAGAUCCAGACAUUACAUAGGCACCCAAACACGACGAACGAAAUCCAAAUACACAAACGCAUAACAACAAUGUCGUCCAAACCGAUCUUCCCCUGGGCCAUCAUCAUCGUAUUCUUCUUCCUCGUCGCCGCCGCGGCAGCAAUUACUACGCCGGCGGCGGCGUCCUCGGCGGACCGGGAGCCGACGUGCGUGCCGACGCUGCAGCGGCUGCUGUCGUGCCUGGACUUCAUCGAGCACCGGACGGACACGAUCCCGCUGCCCUGCUGCGUCCAGGUGAACAGCACGGUGGCCCAGCAGCCGUGCUGCCUCAUGCACGUCCUGCGCGGCGACGUCGGCAGGCUCAUGGGGCCCGAGUUCGACAGCGUCCGCGCCAUGGUCAAUGUCACCACAAAGUGCCUCGGCGACGCCUCCGUCCUUAUGUCCAUCACUCGUUCGUGCGCAGGUAAGCCGCUGCCGCCGCUGACACCUGAAUAUCCCUUCAGUACCGCAUUGCCGGCAACGUCUUCAUCGGGAGCUUUGCGGGCAGAAGGAUGGUCUUACGCCUCGUUGAUACUUGCAUUUGUUGCAAUCUUCGUCUAAUGAUUUUAGCGGUCGAUCGGAAUUGGCGAUUAGCUUACUGAAUUCAGAUAAAUCUUUGUAUAUCUACUGCUGAACAUAGUGGAAUUAGGCCUUCUCUUAUUUAUUUUUCUUUCCCUGAUGUUGGACUGUUGAGUGUGAUAAAUAUGGUCAAUUUGUAGUUUCUGAUUUUUUUAGGGAAUUAAAUCUUUGUGUAUCUA